CAUUCCAAUAUGGCGUCGUGCUGAACUUGUAGAUCAUCAACAAAACAGAAAGUCGGUCGGCUGCACAGUUCGCCUCGAGACCCUCCACUGCAAUUAAAAAAUGUCCACACAGGAGGUAAGGUAAAGAUAGUGCCCUUAAACGUCUUGAUAACUCAGAGGGAGCCCAACAGCGUCCAGAAGAAGAACUUUGACGACGCCUCUGACUAAGCUUUGCAUUUUCCAGUGAUGACAGGGACAGAUGUUUCCGCAGACACCACACCCUUCUUCUCAGAUGAUAAUGAGGGGGAGGGGCCUACUGACAAUGGGGUGGGAUCACCUCAGCCCGAGGAGGAGGAGUCUGCCAGCGGAGUGUCUGAUAAGAGGGCUAAACUGACUGUGGCUGUACUCUGCUACAUCAACCUGCUGAACUAUAUGGACCGAUUCACUGUGGCAGGUGUACUUCCAGACAUUGAGCAUUUCUUCAGCAUUAGUGAUGGAACAUCAGGACUACUUCAGACAGUCUUCAUCUGCAGUUAUAUGUUCUUGGCUCCUCUGUUUGGAUACCUGGGCGACAGGUAUAACAGGAAGCUGAUCAUGUGUGUGGGAAUUUUUUUCUGGUCCCUAGUGACGUUAGCCAGUUCCUUCAUCGGAAAAGACCAUUUCUGGGCGUUGUUGUUGACGCGAGGGCUGGUGGGUGUUGGGGAGGCCAGUUACUCCACCAUUGCUCCCACCAUCAUCGCUGACCUGUUCAUCAAGGAGAAGAGGACCAACAUGCUGUCCGUUUUCUACUUUGCAAUCCCAGUGGGCAGUGGUCUGGGUUAUAUCGUGGGCUCAGAGGUGGAUGAUGUGACUGGGGAUUGGCACUGGGCCCUUCGGGUGACCCCUGGUCUGGGGCUGCUGGCCGUGAUCCUCUUGUUGUUUGUAGUUCAGGAGCCGAAGCGGGGUGCGAUCGAAGCUCAUCCAGAGCACACGCUGCACAGAACCAGCUGGCUGGCGGACAUAAAAGCACUUUGCAGGAAUCCAAGUUUUGUUCUGUCCACGUUUGGCUUCACGACUGUGGCCUUUGUGACAGGAUCACUGGCCCUGUGGGCCCCUGCCUUUUUAUUCAGAGCGGGCGUCUUCACUGGAGAGAAGCAGCCGUGUUUAAAAGCCCCCUGUGACAACUCUGACAGUCUGAUUUUUGGCAUCAUCACAGUUGUGACGGGCAUCCUGGGUGUAGCGAGUGGUGUGCAAGUGAGCAAGAUGCUGAGGAUCAAAACCCCUCGAGCUGAUCCGCUAGUCUGUGCUGCAGGACUCCUCCUCGCUGCUCCCUUUCUCUAUCUGUCCAUCAUGUUUGCUCAGGCUAGCACUGUGGCCACAUAUAUCUUUAUCUUCCUGGGUGAGACAUUCCUGUCUAUGAAUUGGGCCAUUGUUGCUGAUAUCCUUCUGUAUGUUGUGAUCCCCACACGGCGCUCCACAGCGGAAGCCUUUCAGAUUGUACUCUCGCACUUGCUUGGCGACGCUAUUAGCCCUUACCUCAUAGGAGUGGUGUCAGACUCGAUAAAGAAAUCAGACUCGUACAUGUGGGAGUUUCGUUCACUUCAGAUGUCACUGCUGCUGUGCUCCUUCGUGGCCGUGGGGGGCGGAGCUUUCUUCCUGGCCACGGCCCUCUUCAUCGAGAAAGACCGGCAUCUGGCAGAGAACUACGUGCCCUCUGAUGACGCACCAAUUGUUGUUCCAAAGAGAGGGAGGUCCACUAAAGUAUCAGUGUCAAGUGUUUUAAUUUGAGAUGACUCAAGGAUUUGGAUUGUUCUCAACACGGGGCACAACACUGGCCUAUAGGCAGACAGAGCCAGUGCCAUCAGCAGCCAAUCCUGGAGCUCUAAUCACUGAUUGAACUAUCUCCACAAUAGGGAGUUUUAUAGUAAUUUAUUAUGCUUAUAUUUGUGUUUAUAUCCUUAACACCGAUAUUGAUUUGGGAACAUUUUGAACUAACAAAAAUAUCAGGAACGUCUUACCUGGAAGUCCUGUGUGCCGUUGACCAUUCUGCCUUCCACCCGGAUGAGUCCUGUGGGAGGAGACAGAGGCACACGGGGAACACGUGAAAAAAAGGUUAUAUGCUGAGGACAUUUAAUUGAAACUCAUCGAGCUGUGUUUUAGAAUUCAUGUAAAUUAUAUUUGAGAUGUUUUUAUUGGAGGGGAUCUCAAGUGAUUUUUCAGAUUGCUGUUUAUAGGUUAAGUCAGCUAACUAAAACCAAGGUACUCUCAAAAUGCUGUUGCAUUUGUUUUCAUCAGACCUUGACUGUGACUGAAAACUAGCAGAAUCAGACUGAGCCUGAGCAGCACUGAAGCCUGUCUGUGAUCUGCCUUCAGUCUUUCCUCCUCUUUUAAUGUUUUUUCUUCUAUGCUAGUAACAUUUGAGCUUUUAGUCUUUUAAGAAGUACACCGAAACACUAAUGCUACCGUGGCAUGAAUCACAUAUUAAUUCAUUUGUUUAUAUAUAUUUUUUAAAAUAACAUUGUUACAUAUAUUUGUUGCAAGGGCCUGGUUCAUGGCAUGUUUUACUGUGCCAUUUUAACUGUAAGAAACUUUUUUGUUUUUAAAGGAAACAGUUCGUUGUGCAUUCCCUCUGCUGUUGUUGUUGUUUUCUAGGCAAUUCGUUUGAGUUAAUUUGCAAAUGUUUCUGUCUAAUCUUGUUUUCUAACUUUUUUUUAACAUUAA